AUGUCCUUGGUUACCGAUCUGAUUAACGCUGUCCUUCCAGUCACCGCCCACGCUGAAGAACCAGUCGAAGAAGUUCCAGAAACCGUCGAGGCCGACGCCGAAGAAGGAGAAGCCUCCGAAGACGGCGACGCCGACGAAGACGACGAAGACGAAGACGAAGACGACGACGACGAAGACGACGACGACGACGAAGAAGCAGAAGACCAAUACGACGCCCUCAAGGGCGAGUGCGCAGAACUCCCUUCCGUCAAGCCCUUCGUCCACCACUACGAGGAGUGUGUCGAGAGAGUCACCAAGGAACAAGAAGAACCAGGCUACGAGGGAAAGCACUACAAGGAGGACUGUGUCGAGGAGUUCUUCCACUUACAACACGCUCUCACCGCCUGUGCUGCUCCUAAAUUAUUCUCCAAGUUGAACUAG